AUGAGCAACUGGAAGGCCAAAGUCAUUGCAGACUGGAGAUUGGGAAAGUUAUCCAAUUUCGAUUUUCUUAUGCAUUUGAAUUCGUUUGCAGGACGAUCUUUCAACGACUUAACGCAGUAUCCAAUAUUUCCAUGGAUAAUUGCCGACUAUGAUAGCGAUGAGAUCGAUUUAGAUGAUCCAAAUGUGUACCGAGACUUAUCCAAGCCAAUGGGUGCAAUUGGCGCUGAGCGUGCACAGCAAUUCCAGGAUCGAUACGAGGCUUUAGCUAGUUGUUGCACGGACGAGGACCCACCGCCCUUUCACUACGGAACACACUAUUCUUGCGCAGCGUAUGUCCUCUACUAUCUUAUGCGACUCGAACCGUUCUCUCGUUUGGCGCUUGCGUUGCAAGGUGGAAAGUUUGACGUAGCAGACCGUCUUUUCCACGAUGUAGGCCGCAGUUGGAAGUCCGCCAGCACUGAGAAUCUGCAGGACGUUCGAGAGCUCAUUCCAGAAUUUUUCUACUUGCCGGAUCUGUUCGUCAAUGCGAACGGCUUCGACUUCGGGCAGACACAAGCUGGAAAGUCUGUGCACGACGUCUUAUUGCCAAAAUGGGCGAAGGGCGACCCCAAACGUUUCGUCCGCAUCAACCGCCAAGCUCUCGAGUCCCCCUACGUCUGUAGACAUCUGCACCGUUGGGCCGAUCUUAUCUUUGGAUUCAAGCAGCGAGGUCCAGAAGCUGUGCGAUGUCUCAACCAAUUUGUCCAUUUGACGUAU